CUGACGCUCGGAGCGAAGUGGGAGAGCAAAGAGGGAAGGGGACAGGAAGAAGGAAGAAAGAGGAAAAAGAGAGUGAGGAAGGAGAAGUAUCGCGCACCGGAAAGCCGAAUAGAAACUCACUUCGACGACCGCGGGGAUUCAAUUUCGCCCUUUGGUUUUCGCUUGUGUCGGUCUGAUUUCUUUCUCUUUCCCAGUUUACGUUUCCGCGGUAAAUGCAUACCCCGUCGGAAGCCGACCGAUCGCCUCGCUCCCCAAGGGCGCCGUUUCCCGGAGGUCUCGCCGUCGUUGGGGCCACCGGACAGCGAAAGAUCGCGAUCGCCGUCGAUCUGAGCGACGAGAGCGCGUACGCCGUGAAAUGGGCGGUCCAAAACUAUCUGCGACGGGGGGACACCGUGAUCCUGCUGCACGUGCGGCCGACGAGCGUCCUGUAUGGCGCCGAUUGGGGCUCGAUCGACCUUACCGUCGACACAGAUGAGGAGUCGCAGCAGAAACUAGAGGACGACUUCGACGCCUUCACGACGACGAAGGCGUCGGACCUCUCGCAGCCGCUCGUUGAGGCGCAGAUCCCGUUCAAAAUCCACAUCGUCAAGGACCACGACAUGAAAGAGCGGCUCUGCCUCGAGGUCGAAAGGCUGGGCCUCAGCGCGGUGAUCAUGGGCAGCCGGGGGUUCGGAGCCUCGAAGCGGACCAGCAAGGGCCGUCUCGGCAGCGUCAGCGACUACUGCGUCCACCACUGCGUCUGCCCGGUCGUGGUCGUCCGCUACCCGGACGAUAAGGAGUGCGGAGGGGCAGGCGCUGCCGGGGAGAAAGCGACGGCGAAGAAGGAGCCAGAGUUGCACCCUGUCCCGGAGGAAGAGCCGGUGUGCCUUCCUGCUUCCGACGUUCACAAAGAAAAAGGGAAUUGAGCUCACAUUAAGUGAUGCUUAGCCUGAUCUUCGUCGGUUAAAUCACACGUGGAGUUAUGAAAGCGUUGCAUCUUGGUGCUGUUUGAUGUCGAUGCUGAACUUUGGAUCAAGUCGUGGGUAGUUUUUGUAGUCUCAAGUUCUCAACUGCACAUCAAUUACUUGUGGUUAUGAAACCGGAGGCAACGAUGCUGUUGAUGUAUCUUGUUUGGAUUAGGUUUUCCUUUGAUUCUCAGUUCUAGACCUUUUACAGUUCCAUACAUGUGCCUGGUUGGUUUCCUGA